GGUUACUCAAAACUAAACACGCAUGCUAACUAUAUACCAAACAACUGGCCAUUAAUCGACAAGGAAAUAUAAUCGUCCGAUUGUUUUAACUUAUUGACCAUCAGUAGUUCUGCCAUUUCACCUCGAUUCUGUAACCAAAGGAGAGGAAAUGAUGUGAUUUAUAGGUUUCAGUGAUGAAUUGAGUUCUUGGAAUUUAUUUCUGAAAGUCGACAAUAUUUAUUGGCCAUCAUGGCCCCAGCCUGUGAUAAUUAUGGACUAUUAUCGAUAUUUCUCUUCAUCUUAUUGUGUCCAAAACCGACAGAAGCAUCGGGUCCGGAUACUUCUAACUUAGAUAUUGAACAGUGUGAGCAAAUCAAACAGCCACAAUGUUUGGGUCUCUUCCCCUCUAACUUAACGCAGUUUCCUAAUGACGAAUUAGACUUUGACACUCAAGAGGCAGCAGGUCUACACUUUCAUUCUUUUAUCCCUUUACUAAAUAUCCAAUGCAGUCAGUACUUGUUACCGUAUUUGUGUGGAUCUUUGUUCCCUAUUUGUGUCAAUGAGUCAACACUGCCACUUUGUCCGUAUCUUUGUGCGAUGACUCGUCAGGGGUGCGAGGGGAUCAUGAAAAAAUAUGGUUUUGAUUGGAUAAAAUCAAUGCGGUGUCUUGACCUAGACUUAGAGGAACAUGACGAGUGUCUAGGAGCCAACGGUAUAGAGAAAGUAGAGUUGUUUAUCAGAUUGAAAGAUGGACCAAACUCUUCGAAAUCCAAAGGACGUGUUGAGGUCUCCAAGGACAAUGUAACAUGGGGUACUGUUUGUGACGAUUUCUGGGAUAAUGACGCAGCAACUGUCGUCUGCAAGCAGAUGGGGUUCAGAUGGGGAAUAGCCCACUCGCUGUCUCACUUUGGUCCUGGAGCUACAGGGCAGCCCAUUUUUCUUGAUGAGGUUGUAUGUGAUGGUCACGAGAAGUCCUUGUUAGAGUGUAACUCAAACACAUGGGGAAGUCACAACUGCAAUCAUCAAGAGGAUGCAAGUGUCUCAUGUUAUAAUGUCACAGCAAGGUUGAAUUAUGCCUCAGAUCAGAAAAAUGUGGGAGCCGUAGAAAUUAGUGGAACCAAGGGAUGGUCGCAAGUGUGUGACAAAGGCUGGGACGAAGAUGACGCAACAGUUUUAUGUAGGGAGCUAGGUUUUGUCCACGGAUUUCCAAUCAGUAAGGCUGAACUGAACACAGGGGAUGUGGCUACCUUUACAGAUGCCUUCUGGAAGUUUAACUGCACUGGGAAAGAAAGUAACCUGGCCAGUUGUCCAAAGGUGGAUCACUGGCAAGGUCACUGCAACAGUGGGAGCCUGGCAGCUGCGGUCUGUCAUAGUAAACAUGUGGAAAAGGUCAAUCAAACUAUUGACUUGCGGAUUGUGGAUGGAGGUGAGAAGUGGGGUCGUCUAGAGAUACGGUACCAGGAGGUUUGGGGACAUGUAUGUGACCACACUUGGUCGGACACAUCAGCAGACGUGGCGUGCAGACAGCUGGGGUUUAAGGGCGGGAUAGCUUUUGGAACAUACAACACGCCCAGCAAAGUGGCCUGGAUCUCCUAUCUCAAAUGUACAGGGAAAGAAAACAGACUACAGGAUUGUUCCUCAGCCCCCAGGACAAUGUGGGAGCCGAACUUUGGCUGCACGGCUGCUUCAGUGCUUUGUUACAAUGACUCAGCACCAACAGUUUCCAUUAAGGGAGGAGGCAGUCAAGGGCAAGUGGAAAUCACAUACGAAGGAGUAAAAGGUUCCAUAUGCAGCACAUACUGGUCAAAAUACGAUGCAAGAGUCCUGUGUAAAUCCAAAGAUUAUGUGGAUGGGGAAGUUGUACGAAGUCCAUCACCAUUAAAAGGAAAAGUGUUCCUCAGCAAGAUGAGAUGUGAUGGCACAGAAAAUUCCAUCUUUAGGUGUAAUAAUUCUGGUUGGGACGUGUACGAGACUAUAACCUGUGGGGGGUAUGCCUCCGUUAUGUGCUACAAAAACAUCAGACUUUCUGGUAGCUUAAACACCAGAAACAAUGGGAUUGUAGAAAUUCUCUUGCAUAACACAUGGUAUGCAUUGUGUGGAUCAGGAUUUAACAACAUCAAUGCUAGGGUAGUGUGCAAGGAAAUCGGAGGAUUCACUAAUGGUACAAAACUGCCGCCAGGUGCAUUUGGAAAGUACUACGGACAAACUGCCAUGCCGGAUCUUAUUUGCAAAGGCAAUGAGACAACUGUGAUGAACUGCAGCUUUGAUCCGCUCAAAAGCUGCAGUAAUCGACACUAUGGUUACGCUUCUGUCAGCUGUUAUAAUGGGAGUGCAGCAGAAGAUGAGUACAGUCUCAGGAGUGGUAACUAUGGCGUUGUACAAUUAAAAAGAUAUGGAACCACAGGAGGAAUCUGUGAAGCCUUCUGGAAUAACAAUAAUUCCGAUGUGUUGUGUCGACAACUAGGGUUUGGAGGAGGAAAAGCUGCAUUCUAUCGCCGAAUUGGUGCUAAAAAAAGUACAAGUAUUGCUCCAAUCUUGGCGACCAGUUACCAGUGUAAUGGAACAGAGAGCAGUCUUUCAAAAUGUGUAGAGAAGGAUCCAUUCAUAUGUUACUCCUCCCUGUCAGCAGGAGCCAUUUGUUACCAAUACUCAGCUCCCCAAGUGAAGUUACAGGAUGGUGGAGAGAACUUUGGUCGUGUCGUGAUAGAUGUGGAUGGGAAGGAAAGCACAGUUUGUGACACGACUUGGGGACAAGCUGAGGCUGAGGUUGUCUGUAAGGAACUGGGAUUUGUCAGUGGAGAAAACUAUGUUGCAGGUCCAGGCACAGGUGACGUGAAACUGUCAAAUGUUUGGUGCACGGGAGUGGAGAGUUCUAUACUGGCCUGUGAUAGCAACGGCUGGGGGACGGUCACCAGUUCGCGAUGUCUGAACCACGAUCAUGAUGUAGGAGUGUACUGUUUUCAAAAUGUACGUGUAGUGGGAGGAGUCAAGAAUUCAGACUAUAUGACUGGUCGUAUAGAAGUGAGACAGGAAGGAGCUCGUGAACAGUGGCGGACAGUGUGCUCGGACGGUAUUAAUCAGAAUGCAGCUGAUGUCAUUUGUCGAGAAGUGCAAUAUGAUAGAGCAAUACUUUUAGCCCCUAGUUUCUUUGGAUCGUUGAGUGUUAGCCAAACUAUGAAAUAUAUCGCUGAUGUAAAAUGUAAUGGCAAUGAAUCCAGUAUUAAAAAAUGUAAGAUGGCCACAGAGAAGAAUGGAAUAUGCAGCAUUGCACAUUAUAACUAUGCCAGUGUGCUAUGUAUAAAGAACACCACCAAAGAUGAAAGCUUUACAGUCAAAUUAACUGGCGAUUAUAAUGGUGCUGUGAUAGUAAACCAAUAUGGCCAAGAUGGUACAAUAUGUGUUGAUGGCUGGGACGAGAGAGAAGCCAAUGUAACAUGUCGACAGUUUGGAUAUCGAGGGGGAGUGGUGCUAGGCCCACAGGAAGUUUUCACACGCAGGAAGCCAGUUUGGUUUUCUGAGUUUAACUGUACUGGAGAGGAGCAAAAGCUGCAAGACUGUCCAAGGGCAACAAAAGUCUCGUUAAAGUGUGUCCGGUCCAUCAAGGAUGCCGGGGUCCUUUGUUACAAUAGCACGGGUGUUAAAGUAAGACUAGCUGGUCCUAAAGAUUACUAUGGAACAGUGGAAGUGAUCAAAGAUGGACAGGUAGGGACGGUGUGCGACUAUGACUGGACAAAGAAUGAUGCCAGAGUUUUGUGUCGACAGCUGAAUUUUCCUGAUGGCCGGCCUUACAAAAGGUCGUACUAUGGUGCAGGAAAAGGCUCUGUGGUGCUGUCUGGGUUUUUCUGUGAUGGUAAAGAGGACCGCCUUCUGGACUGUCCCAGCAGGGGCUGGUACAAUGUACAAGAUUACUGCAAGAUUCACCAAAAUGAUGCCAGUGUCUACUGUUACAGAAGAGUGAGCAUGUAUCCAGAGAAUGAGAAUUACGGAGCUGUUCGGGUGUGGAUGGAUGACGUAGGUUCAUACAGCCUGGUUUGUGCUGAUGGCUUCACAGACACAGAAGCUAAAACAGCCUGCAUGGACAUGGGAUUUGUGUAUGGCAAGAGUCUCUGCUGCUCUGCGUUUGGUGACAUAGAUGGACAGAUUUGGAAAACAAAUGUAAGCUGUCAGCCAGGAGACCAGCACCUGGACAGCUGUAGCUCUACUGACGGAGUGAACAGGUGCCCUAGUCAGCAGUAUGCUUCUGUUGUCUGUUCCAACUCGGAGCCACACCUAGGCUACAAAGUGGAGCUGGAGAAGGGCCACUUUGGGCAUGUGAAACUUACAUACUUUGAUCAGACUGGAUACAUAUGCUCAGAGGGCUUUGAUGCUGCAGAUGCCAAUGUUAUUUGCAAACAGAUAGGAUACCUGGGGGGCUUUGCAUAUCAAGAGCAUAAUCGCCAUUACUGGACAAGCAGAGUCCGGGAGCUCCGUUGGCUGAGGAAUUUAACAUGCACCGGAAACGAAGAUCGACUGGACGAAUGUGAUGAUCUGGACAAGAAAUGGGGAAACAUUCAGAAUUGUUCCAUCAAAAGCUUUGCUGCAGCCUUUUGUUUUACUGAAAGUGAAAAACAAGGACCCCAGAUCAGAAUUGUUGGAAACAUGAGUGAGGGAGUAGUAGAAGUUUUUAUUAAUGGCACGUGGGGCUCAAUCUGUCAGAAGAGCAUCACAUACAAGGAGGCAGACGUCAUCUGCCGACAGCUGAAUUACACGUACGGAACACACAGUAGCAAUUCAAAAGUUCCACAGAGCAAAGGCCCUGUCUUGAUUGAUCAGAUGUACUGUACAGGGAAGGAGAAGAGUAUUUAUGAUUGUCAGAUCUCGAUCAACACAGAUCCCCACUCACUCUGCCACCACCACAAGUAUGAUAUGGUUGUGAAGUGCUAUUCCAAUGUGCGAUUAGUAGACACCGAGAUAAUAAACUAUGGGAAGUUACAAGUCCACAAUGAGUCGGGUUGGUUUUCUGUCUGUGACACUAACUUUGAUGAUGUUGAUGCAAAAGUGGCUUGUAAAACUCUGGGAUAUAAAGAUGGCCGUGCUCAGCUAGGAUCAGCCUUGGGAACCUGGGUAACGUCCUCAAACAACAUUAUUGGAAUCACUGAUGUAAACUGCACAGGAAAUGAGUUUAUGUUCAGAUACUGUCAUGUGGGCCAUGGGGCGUGUCAGUCGGGCCAUUAUGUUACGUUAGCCUGCACCCGAAAUGACAUUGAUCAAUACAAGAUUGAUGUGGAUAUCCCUAUGACGAUUCUUUAUGGCGAUGUAGAGGUUUCACUGUACGAUGUGAAGGGCUCUAUAUGUGAUGAUACUUGGAAUGAUGCUGCUGCCCAUGUGGUUUGUCGUGAGAAAGGAUUUGCAUCAGGAAAUGCUACACGUGGCUCCGCUCGCCGCAAUUUUCCUACCCUUGUCAGUGGUGUAAAUUGCACUGGGAAAGAAAGAGCACUUAGAGAUUGUAAAAUGAAGCCUUUCAAUGAGACUAGCAACUGCAAAGGCCGGUCAUCAAGAGCAGCUGUCAUUUGCUCUAAAAAACAAGAGGGGGUCAGGUUCCGCAUUGGCAAUGAAUACCAGGGCUCAGGCAGGGCAGAAGUGUAUCUUAAUGGCCAGUGGGGCACAAUCUGUAACAUUUAUUGGGAGGAUGUGGAUGCCAGUGCAUUCUGUCGACAGUUACCAAACUAUGUGGGGGGAUUUGAGGCUAGCCCAGCUGUUGUUGGGGAUCCAGCACAACCCAUCUGGAUGACCAGGGUGGAGUGUCGGGGAAAGGAGAAAAACUUUCUGGAUUGUGAGGCCUCCUGGGACCCAGUGCAGACCAGUCGCUGUAGUCAUAAUAAUGAUGCUGGGGUUAUGUGCUUUAAGUCUGUUCGUUUAAUGAGAGGAAAUUAUCGCAAUAAUGGUAUAGUGGAGGUUUAUGUAAAUGGACAGUGGGGAACGAUUUGCUCCUCAGGAUUUGGUGAUAAGGAAGCAGACGUGGCCUGCAGAAUCUUAGGAUAUGAGCGAGGAACUCCUCUUUGCUGUUCUCCAUAUGGAUUUAGCUUUAAAAACCCAAUCAUCCAUUCAUUCAAAUGCAAAGGAGAUGAGCGACACCUGACUGACUGUAAAAGCACUCCUGCUAUUGGCUCCAAUACCUGCUUCUCUCAGGACUAUGCUGCCGUAGCUUGUUUUAAUGAAUCCACUUUAGACAAAGGGUAUUCCAUUUCUUUGCCUUCUGAUACCCCCUACACAGGCCAGGUCAACCUGACAUACCUGGGCAUCGAGGGCCGGAUUUGUAAUGAUGGCUGGGCUGAUGUAGAUGCUGGGGUGGCCUGCCGAGAACUGGGGUUCCCCGUGGGGUUUGCCUACACCCAUUAUAAGAGCGAGGUGGACUCCACUGGACCCUACUGGUCCUCUAACUUUAACUGCACUGGAAAUGAGACUAGUCUGAAAAGGUGUAAACAUCAAGGAUUUGGAAAUGUGACAGAGUGUAAAUCAAAACAUUACGCUGGCGUGCUUUGUGCCGAAGACAACGGUAUAAGUUACAGAAUGGAAGGAGGUGAUUUCCGUUAUGGACGAGUGGAGGUGUUGAUUGGUGGGAAAUGGGGCACUAUAUGUGAUCGUUACUGGGAUCAGAGGGAUGCAGAGGUUUUCUGUCGAAUGUUUGGCUUCAGCACUGGGGAUGCUUACUAUGAUUCAUACACAAACCAGGGGACAGGCAAAGUAUGGGGGACCAUGUUCCACUGUAAAGGAAAUGAAGACAAUCUUAAUGGCUGUCCUCACGAAGGUUGGAGAAUCACUGACUCCAUUUACUGUAGAACUCACAAGGAUGACGCCGGUGUACAGUGUUAUACUAAUGUAAAACUUUCCAAUGGUAUACUGAAUCGAAACAGUCGCACUGGUGCAGUUAUGUUAUACCAAAACCAGACCUGGUUAAGGGUGUGUGAUACCGGUUUUAAUGACAAUGCAGCCCGGGUCGUGUGUAGAGAAUUGGGCUAUAGGGAUGGUCGAGCGAUUUGUUGCUCUGCUUAUGGAGCCGUCAGUGAGAAGUACAUUCAGAUGAACUACACUUUGCGAUGUAAUGGUAGAGAAAGCAGUGUUGAUGAAUGCCUGCAAGAAGAAGCCUGUGACACUGCCAAUUAUUCCUCGGUAGUCUGCUUUGGCAAAGGAGAUGAAAUUAAAGAUGAUGAAUACUCCUUUGCUGUAAGGGCUGGGGGCAAUGGAAAUAAGGGCCAAGUUGUUGUUACACAUUAUGGUGUGGAAGGUCGCAUUUGUAGCCGUGACUGGGAUGAUGCUGAUGCACAUGUCAUGUGUCGAAGCCUUUCUUACCAGAAUGGAAUGGCGUAUUAUCACGACGAACUGUCCACUAUCAGCAGUCUACGAGGUCCCUAUUGGCUGAGCGGAUUCAAUUGCACUGGAGAGGAGAUGUCCCUCUUGGAGUGCCCAAACAACACCAGAUUAAAUCUUGGGAACUGUUCCGGUUCUCACAUUGCAUCGGUUCUAUGUUUUAAUGACACCGGAGAGUCUGCCAUAAAAUAUUACAUAGCUGGAGGUGGCCACUACGGUAGAGUGGAGGUGUCUAUUGAGAAGCAGAGAGGCACAAUAUGUGAUGCAUCAUGGGACAAUAAAGACGCCUCAGUUCUGUGUAGAGAGAAGGGAUUUAGUGAGGGGGUGGCUGUGCCGGGAGCAGCUUAUGGUCAGGGAACAGGACCAAUAUGGCAGAGUCACAUACAAUGUGUUGGAAAUGAAAAAGGACUUAGAUGGUGCCCACACCGGGGCUUUGUGGAUCGAUAUUCGGAUGCUAGCUGGCUCCUGCCCCUUAUCUGUGAUUCCCAUCGAGAUGAUGCAUCAGUUUUCUGCUUCAAAAAUGUGAAACUGAACGAGGGCCAUGAUUCUCCCAUGGGAGGAGUAGAGGUGUUUAAUAAAAAGCAGAAGAAAUGGUUUGGGGUCUGUGACACAGGAUUCAGUAAUGCGGCUGCUAAAGUGGUGUGCCGCAGCCUUGGCCUGGACUACAUCGAUGGAAGAGCAAUCAAUGGAUCGGCGUAUGGAAAUAUAUCAGGAGAAGUUCUUUACACUAAUGUCAAGUGCAGCGGUGAGGAAUCCGAUUUUACUCAGUGUUUGUACGAUUUCAACAGGACCAAGUGUGCUAGUGGGAUGUAUGUAUCCGUAAUGUGCAGCAAUAAAUCGAUUGUUGAUGCAGGUUUUGAUGUCCGCUUGGCCCCAGACAGUUUAUCCAGCACACUACAUGGUAUUGUGGAGAUCAGAGUAAAUGGAGUUUGGGGGCGUGUUUGUAUGAACCACUGGGAUGACAGGGAUGCCAAUGUGACUUGUAAAAGGCUAGGUUAUGCAGGGGGUGUUGCAUAUUUACACAUCAUGAAGAACCGUAAACCAAUCAUGAUGAACCAGGUGCACUGUAAAGGUGAUGAGACCAACUUAUUCGAUUGUGAUUACAGCACGAAUCCUGACCUUAAGAAUUGUGCAUUCCAUUCUAAUGAUGCUGGUAUCCUAUGUUACCGAUCUAAAGGAAUCCAGUACAGCCUGGUGGGAGGAGAGAGUAACUCUACAGGACGAGUGGAGCUGAGCUACGAUGGCGUUGUGGGUACCGUCUGUGCAUGGUCCUGGAAGACGGCCGAUGCUAAAGUGCUCUGUAGACAGCUCAGUUAUGCUGAUGGAAUUGUCAGCUAUAACCACAAUUCAAAACUGGUUCCUACCAAGAGAUGGGUGACAGGGUAUUUCUGUCAGGGUGAUGAAAAGACCCUUAUGACAUGUCUGAACACUGGGUUUAAUUCCACCUUUUUGGAUGACCUGUGCUUGUACAAUGAACCUGGAGCAUAUGCAUCUUGUUAUAAUGAUGUUAUAGAACCAAAGAAUAUCCGUUUGGUGGAUGGACCUAACAAGUAUACAGGUCGUCUUGAAGUGUACAUUCAGGGACCAAACCAGUGGGGAACAAUCUGUGAUGACUUCUGGGAUGAGACAGCAGCCAAGGUUGUAUGCCGACAGCUGGGAUUUUCAGGAGGGAAGCCCGUGAAAGAGGCCUUCUAUGGCACAGGAAGUGGUCCUAUCUGGUUUGAUAAUGUGAAAUGUUUUGGUAACGAGAGCCAUGUAUGGGAAUGUGGCAAUCGAGGCAUUGGAACUCAUAAUUGCAACCACACUGAGGAUGUUGGUGUUAAAUGUGAUGGUAUUAUAAUACCAACAACAUUAACCACAACGACUACCACAACAACAACGACUACACCUGCUCCUAAAACAACUACAACAUCAACAACAUCAAAGAGAACAACAACAACACCAAGUACAACUACUACAACACUAAGUACAACAACACGAAAAUCAACGACAACAACAACACCGAAAACCACCACCAGGAUUAUAACUCCCAAGAGUACCACACACAAGCCAACAACAUCAACCCUGAAACAAACAACAACAGUGACAACAUCAACACCGCAAGCAACUACAGAGGGACGACCAAACACAAAUGCCACAUUGGUACCUCCCAAACAACAACAGGAGAGUUCCACUAAAUUAGGCGUCAUCAUCGCCGUCCCUGUUGUGAUUUUCUUUGUAAUACUGGCAGUUAUCAUUCUUGUGUUUGUGUUCAAAGUCCGCAGAUUCCAUAAAAGAGACACCAUUCCUCAUGAGCGUUUUCAUGAUGAUAUCAUUGAACAUAAUAGCGAUGGCAGCAUUGCCGUUAGUAACCAGUUGUAUGACAUGACAAUGCAGCCUACUGGCACCGCCAAUGGCAGUGCUGGCGACAAUCUGCAGCUUGCCAAAAAUGGCAGUGCAUACUAUUCCAAGCCAUUGACCAAUGGUAAAAAUGACACUAAACAUUCCUUUGCGAAUCCUCUGUAUGGGCAACAAAGUGCAGGCACUGUGACUGACAAAAAUGAAGCUUUACCAGAACAGGAUGAAAUUCGUUUCCCUAUAGAUGAUUCAGUGUCCAAAGCUUGAUUAUGAAGCUUUAAGAGUAGGUUACAAUAUGCACUUAAAUUGUGAAAUGUUUGUGGACUGCAUUUGCUGAAGAAUUUCUGAAUAUGAGGGGACUUUCUGCCUAUUACUUGCCAGUCUCUUUUUUAUAGAUUACCAGUCUGAUACACAAACCAAAAAAAUAUUGAAAAUAUUCAUGAAUACUACAGUAUAUCGAGUAAUUUUGGCAGUGGGAAUAUUUAGCAGAUUUUUUUUACAAAAAGGUAUUUUGAAAUCUUAGCGAUUCAUCUUUUUACUGCACAAUUUCAUUUAAGAAGUGUAUCAUUGAUAUGAAUAAACAAAUUUAAGGUUUCAUUUUUGUUGAAUUUUUCUCAUCUGCCAAAUUAGGCCAACACUUCCAAUUCCCCCCAAAAUUACACCAUAUAUUAUGGUAUUUAAAUAUGUAAAAGAAAAAAUAAUUUGUAAUGUUCAGGACUAAGUUUAAAUGACAGUUCACAUUUUGUCUUUGGGUAUAGAACUAUAGGCCUAUGGGUAAGCAAUGAAUACCAGUAUCAGUAAGAUGCGAUAGCUAGACUUAGAAUUUCGCACACCAUUGAGUGCCUGAUAUGUUUGAUCUAAUUUUUGAUUCCUGAAAUGCAAACAUAUCCUUCAUUGUACAUCAUGUAUAAGAGUACAAAUUAUAACCUCUCUGUAAUGAACUUUUCUAUAUAUUGUUUAAUAAACUGGAUUGAUGAAUGUUUAUUCUAUGCAUUGUCCAUUUAUCUUUUUUUAUUAUUUUGAUAAGAUUACAAUUUUCGUCAGUUGUGUUGCUGUCAGAGUUAAAAACUUUAACUUGUUACCACUCCUUUUUUCUCUGUCUUAUUUCAAUGCUCCCCUUUUUAUAUUUUGUAAGCAUCCCAAUUAUGAAUUAAUUUUUAUUAUGGUACUCAAAUAAUUUUAUUAUUAAUGUACCACAAAUAAAAUUUUAAGACACCUAAAGGGGUCUUGGGGGACAUUUUGUAGGGAAAAUGCCAUUUUAAAUGUAAAACAUGUACGUUUUUAAUAUAUGUGUGCAUUAUUAGUACAGUAUUGUAAUGAUAAAAUGUGAGUCACAUUGAAGAAAAAGCCAGAACCUGAAAUUAAAUAUUUUUAUUUUCAAAAUACCUUCAAAUCCUCUUAGUUCAAUAUCAGACUCGGUGAAUUUUAAAAAGAUUAUCUCCUGUUGUCGACUUGAUGCACUAAGGUGUGUUCAGACACACACACACACACACACACACACACACCCCAUUUUUUACACACACUGAAUGAUCUAGUCAUGCAGCACUAUACAGGAAGGACAGUACAAAAUGUAUGAAGUCAUUUCUAAAUACAGUAUAGUGCACAAAAAUAUUUUUAAUAGCCUUUUAUAAUGAAUCAUAAAAUUUUGAUGUAAUGCUUUAAGGCUUGUGUUAAAAUACAGCCAAAUCAUUCAGAAUUUGGCAGUUUUAAAUGUGCAUUGAAAACAUAGGGGGGGGAGCAACCAUUUCCUGGAAAUUCUAAUAAGUUUAACAGAAUGUUUAAGUAUGCAUAAUGAUAUACCAGUUACAUGUAUACAUAAAAGGAAUUUUUUAUUUCAACGAUUGAUUUUUCUUACCGGUAUAUAUUCUGUUUGGCACAUUCAAUUCAUUGCAUUGUGGAGAAGUAUGAAACAGAGAAAACCUAUUUUCCUAUACAUUUUAAAAUGUGUCUAUGAAAAUCAUUGUUUUUAGUUUACAAAUCAAUUACAUGUCCUGUGUUGGUAGAAUGCGAAGUUUUUGUGAUAUUGUUAUGACAAUGUGAUGGAAAAAAUGGUUGUGUUACAUUCAACUUAAAAUAAAAUAUUAUAUAAUGUC